AUGUCUGGCUCGCGGAUCGAGGCACUGCUCGCCUCCUUCCCGAAGCUGAUCCAUUCGGGGUCGCAACACACGUUUGUCGAGACGGACAGCGUGCGGUUCGUGUACCAGCCGCUUGAGGAUCUGUAUAUGAUCUUGAUCACGACCAAGAACUCCAACAUCCUACAGGACAUUGACACGCUGCACCUCCUCGCGCGGGCAGUGAGCGACCAGUGUCACUCGCUCGAGGAACACGACAUCCUCAUGUCCUGCUUCGAGAUCCUCGAGGCAUUCGACGAGAUCGUCAGCAUGGGAUACCGCGAGAACGUGUCGCUGUCCCAGGUCCGCACGAUGCUCGAGAUGGACUCGCACGAAGAGCGCAUCCACGAGAUCAUCGAGCGCAACAAGGAGCUCGAGGCGAAGGAGGAGCUCAAGCGCCGUGCGCGCCAGCUCGAAAUGCAGCGUCGCGACGCCACACGCCGCCAGCAGGGCGGGUUCGGAGGGGACGGCUACCAGGGCGUCUCCAAGACGUACGACACGCCGGCCGCCGCGCCGGUGCACAGCAUGCCGGAGUCGCAGCCGGCCGCGCCGGCCACGCCGUUCAAGGGCAAGGGCAUGCAGCUGGGGAAAAAGCCCAAGGGCGCCGCGCUCAUGGGCAGCUUGCAAAAGACCGACCGCCGCAUCCCGUCAGAGAGCCAGCCGGUAACGCCGGCGCAGGCGCCCGUCGCGGCCCCCGUCGCGGCCCCCGUCGCAGCCCCGGCCCCGGCCCCGGCUCCGGCUCCGGUUCCUGCUCCUGCUCCGCGCGCGGCUCCGGCUGCGCCAGCCAAGGGCAUGAGCCUCGGAUCCGCGCCGCUCCGCAAAAAGGAGCCGGUUGUGCCCCAGCCGUCGCUGCUCGAGCAGGACACGCCGGAACUCGCGCCGCCGCCCGUCGAAAAGUCGCCGCAGGUCGUGCAGCCGCCGGCGUUUGUGCAGAAGGACGUGCAGCAGCAGCUGGCUGACCUGAACGUUGCUGACGGUGGCACGUGGGGCGCGUACGGUGCCGAGGCACAGCCCGAGGCGCAGGCAGACCCCUAUGGCGAACUCGAGGGCCAGGCGGAUCCCUAUGGCGAGCUCGAAGGUCAGGCGGACCCUUACGGUGAGCCCGAGGGCCAGGCGGACCCCUACGGUGAGCUCGAAGGCCAGGCGGACCCCUACGGCGAACUCGAGGGCCAGGCGGACCCCUACGGCGAGCCCGAGGCGUUGGAUGCGUACGCGCCAAAGGACGAGGGCGCUGCCUUUGAUGCGUUCGCUCCCAAGGACGAGGGUGCCGCCUUUGACGCUUUUGCGCCCAAGGACGAGGGUGCCGCCUUUGAUGCAUACGCGCCAAAGGAUAACACUGCGGCAUUUGACGCGUACGCCCCCAAGGACGAGGGUGCCGCCUUUGACGCGUACGCUCCCAAGGACGAGUCCGCCGCGUUCGACGCCUAUGCUCCCAAGGAAGACACUGCGGCAUUUGACGCCUACGCUCCCAAGGACGAGUCCGCCGCAUUCGACGCCUAUGCUCCCAAGGACGACGCCGCCGCGUUUGGCGCUUUUGCGCAGCCCACCGGCGUGCAAGACCAGUACGACCCCGAGGCGCGUGAGCCUGAGGAUGCGUGGGGCGCCCACACGGCUCCUGCGCCUACGAGCGACUCGCUCUUUGAGCCUGCGGAUGCGUACGCCUCGAAAGAGCCCGCGUUUGAGCCGACCGCCGAGGACCCCUACUUCUCGGCUGGCGCGCCUGCACAGUCUUCGCUGCUUGACACGGACGACGUCUACGAGUCCCAGCAGGCCGAGGCCGCGUUCCAGCCCGAGCCCGAGGUGCCUGCGCCGGCCCCGGUUGAGGUGCCUGCGCCCAAGUCGCUCGAGGUCCCCGAGCCCGAGCCCGAGGCGCCGCCGACGCCCGCCAAGACGAGCGCGACGCUCCCUGCCUCGAUGGCCGCGGCUACUCCGGCGGCUGAGCCUGCUGUUGCGCCCAUUGCACCUGCGCCUACCGCUGCACCCGCUGCACCCGCCCCCGCUGCUGCCGCUGCGCCCGCCAGUGUCGAGCUGCUUGCCAAGGAGCGUGUCACCUUUGCCGGCAACCGUGACGGCGGCCUCGACUCGCUCGAGAUCAAGGGUGACCUGCACCUCAAGAUCACCGAUGCGGCGCUUGCGCGCCUCUCGCUCGGCGUGACGGCCGGCGCGCAGUUUGGCGGCAAGGAGGUCACCUACCGUACGCACCCCCACGUCGACAAGAACGUGUGGGAGAGCCGCCGUAUUGCGCUGCGUGACCCCAAGCGCCCCUUCCCACUGAACCAGCAGGUCGGCGUGCUGCGCUGGCGCUCGGUCACGAAGGACGAAUCGCAGAAGCCGCUUGGCGUGAUGGUGUGGCUGAGCCCUACCGGCGACGGCGGCUGCGAGGUGAACGUCGAGUACGAGCUGGAAAACAGCGAGCUGGAGCUUUCAGACGUCUCGAUCGUGAUCCCCGUGCCUGCCGGUGCCGAGCCUGCGGUGAUCGACCCCGAGGACGGCGCGUACGAGUUCGACGCACAGAACGCGCGCGUCAUCUGGCGCCUCGACAGCAUCUCGGCGCAGAACCCUGCGGCGAACCUCGAGUUCACCGUGCCGAGCGGCGGCGACGACGUCGACGUGUUCUUCCCCGUCUCGGUCGAUUUCACCUCGUCUCGUACGCUGCUUAAUCUGCAGGUCAACGACGUGACCUCGCAAGAGUCCGGCGCGCCGAUUCCGUUCGCGUUCCACGCACAGCUGAACACGGACCACUACCUGGUGCACUAG